GAGCUCAAUGCUUGAAGAAUCUGUGGCCUGACACGGUGCGUUUCGUCCGCCACUACAGUGUUAGUUGAAUUUUCACCUCCUCAAGACGCGAAGUGCGCUCGUUUGUGUUCCCUCCCGCGUGCAUCAUGUUCUGCCACCGGUCAGCCUGCCGAGGGCUGAUAGCGCUGCUAGUUCUAUUAGGUUGUAUUGUUAGCUUCCACGCGCUAGAAGCGCCGCAACUUCCCGACGUGGUGCCACUGGCGAAUGCGCUGCAGGGCCAUGUCGACAAGUUCAAGAAGCUGCGGGAUGACCUGAAAGCUCUGCAAGAUUCCCAGGAUCGCCAAAAUCCGCUCGCCUUUUUCCGCGAAACCAUGCGCAUCAUGGAGGGGUUGCAGUCGCUCGGCAAAGACUGGAAAGAUAUUGAGCGGCUGCAGAACAAGCGCGAACGCGAUCGCGACUUUGAAAACCUGCUGAUCGAGAUGGAUCCACUGUGCGGCCAGCGGACGCCCCGGACGGCGUUCUUCGAGAUUAAGCUACGGUGCAGCUAUACCGAUCUCGGUGGCAAACCGUACUACAGGAUUGGACCGCUCAAGCAGGAGCUGGUGAACCGGGUCCCGUUCGUGGUGACCGUCUAUCACGAUCUGCUGACGGAGAGUGAAGUGCGCCGGGCCAAUGAAACACGCAUGCUCGAGCCGAGCGUUCGGCGUCGGCUGGACACCCUCGUACCGAACCUGUACAACGUGGCCGUGCGGGAAGUGAGCGAACGGGGAUACAAUGGUGGCAAAGUGAAAGCGCCCGCCAACAGCAUCAUGCUUUACCUGGAAUCGCAUAAUAACGGUGGUAUGACGUUAUUCCCCGGAGGUACAUUCGUAGUGGCACCCAGGAGCGGAAGCCUGCUGGUCUCCAAGCAGCAUCCCUCGAUCUGUCCGUCCAGUAUUUCUUUAAACGUCAUCACCAAUUUUAAUCUUCCCCUGACGGCGAAAACGCACUGAUGACACGCUUAGAGCUUAACGUUAGUUUGACAGAAAUAAAUUGGCUAGAUAUACAUUCUUAACUAUAGGAUAACAUUGAAAGGACCUUUUGAAAGGAACGGAUGGAGGAUUUUAUUAUGUUCAAAUUUGAAUUUUAUCUUUUUAUAGCUUUCGUCUGCCGCUUGGUGUAUAAUUGAAGAGAAAAAUAAUUGUUCAACGUGAA